AUGCAGCGGGCUUUGUUUGGCAGGAGCGCGCUGCUCGCCCAGGCAGCAGCGGCCCUCGACAGUCCGCUGACAGCUAGAAGCGCGCCGCUGCUGCUGCGCUUGGAUCGCUCCAUGUCCUCCGUCACCAUCCCACCGCCGGCCUGCAUGCUGCGGCCACUGGAGGCCCCCCUGCGCUACCUCUUCGGACCGGGGCCCUCAAACGUCCCUCCACGUAUCUUGGCUGCGGGAGGCAGGCCGAUAAUUGGUCACCUGCAUCCAGAAAUGUACACGGUAAGUGCUCUGUCUUAAAUGCAAAAUAAGCUACAAAAUGAAAAUAAGGGUCCUAACUAAAGUACUGUGGUACUUUUCCUGAAUUAAAAGUUCAUAUUCGAAUUAAGCUUGGAACAUAGAAUCACCAUUUCUAAUAGUUCAGAGAUGUCAAACACAUAUCAGUUUUCUGUUUUGAUUCAUUUUUGCAUGAUAAUUGGUUUCUGUUCCCGAUAGUGUUCAUGGGGCCAGGUCAAGAUCAUCAGUUUUGCGUAACUGUACAAAAUCUUCGAUCUGCACAAACCAGCAGAAACAAACAGACCAUUACCUGAUGGAUUUGGUUAAAAAUGACUUCUCCUUUUGUUUCUCAGAUCAUGAAUGACAUCAAAAAGGGGAUCCAUUACGCAUUUCAGACAGAGAACAACAUGACGAUAGCAAUGAGCGGCUCGGGGCACGCGGCUAUGGAGUGUGCGGUUUUUAACACGGUGGAGCCCGGAGAGAGCGUGCUCGUUGCCAUCAACGGAAUCUGGGGAGAGCGCGUUGCAGAAAUCGCAGAGAGAAUGGGUACGUCUUUACGCACGGUUUUACGCACGGGUUCCUAGGGUUUAAAACAGCUACAAACACUUACUGUGUCAGUCUACUAAUCUAAUUUAUCUCUCUGGUUAGGUGCCAAUGUACAUACAAUGGUAAAAACACCUGGGGGGUAUUUCAGCAAUGAGGAAAUUGAACAGGUACGUCCGCAAAGCAACACAAGAAAAAAAAAACUCAUCUCAUGUCAAAUAAAUAUGAUAAAACAGGAGUGAGCACAACAAAAAGACAAAUCUGGUGUUCAUUUUUAGGCCAUGGCCAAACACAAGCCUGUCUUGUUCUUCCUCACACAUGGAGAGUCCUCUGCUGGACUCUGUCACCCAGUAGAUGGAAUUGGAGACAUCUGUCGAAAGUGAGCAUCAAACACACCACAAUGAUUUUAUCUGAAUACAAAAUAUCUCUGUCCUUGUUGACUGUCAUGUUUAUUGCAGACAUAAUUGCCUCUUCCUGGUUGACACAGUUGCAUCUCUUGGAGCGGCACCAAUUUUUAUGGACAAGCAAAGUAAGACAAAGGUUGCAAGUUACAUUUUGUCAACCAACUAUUUCACACUUUUAUGAGAUUAAUCCUUCUUCUCACUACACUCGCAGAUAUUGACAUCCUGUACACUGGCUCUCAGAAGGCCCUGAAUGCACCUCCUGGCACAGCACCUAUCUCCUUUAAUGACAGAGCAUGGUGAGGAGUGUUUCUGCAUGCAGGUGUCUGUGAUAUAGUGCUCAAUUGUGAAGAAACAAAACAGACAAGUUGUUAAAGAAAGUAUCUCUCUGUUCCUCACAGCCAAAAGAUGUUUAAUAGGAAAACAAAACCAGUGUCUUAUCUCUUUGAUAUGACACAUUUGUCCAACUACUGGGGCUGUGAUGGCAAACCAGCCAGAGCGUAAGUGUAUUAUCAUUCUCUUCAUUUUACUGAAACACUUAAUAGCUUGAAUAUAAUAACAAAAGAUGAGUCCUAGAUGUAGCAUUGUACUGGAAAGGCCCAAAAGAGUCAUUUUAUUAUAAAGUUAUUCUGUUUUUGAACAACAUCUGAUCUUGUGUGCUCUUGGUUAAAGAUACCACCACACUGGGCCUGUGUCUGGAUUCUUUGCCCUGAGGGAGAGUCUGGCAAUCCUCGCUGAGAAGGUAAAAGUCUCUCCAUAGCUUUUGUGGUUUCUCUAACUCAGAUUUGGAAAGUUUCUUUUGCAAGUGCCUUCUCCACAUCUGGAUGUUUGGUGGAGGUUUCAAACUGUGAGCUGUCAUUAGGCUCUCCAUAUCAUUACUACAGCCAAAUUACUUCUAUACAACCACAAAAUCUCUCUUGAGAAAGAACUUUUGUAGACUAAAAAGAUGGACUUAGUCUCAUUGAAUUUCCCUUAAAUAGACUUGAGUUUGCAUGAUGGCCCCUCUUGACUGAUUAUCCCUAAACUCCAUGGAUCUUUGUUGCCCUCUAGGGGUUGGAGGAGUCCUGGAGGAAACACAAGGAGGUGGCAGCCUACCUGUACAGAGGACUGGAAGACUUGGGCCUCAAACUCUUCAUCCCCGAUAGGGUGAGACAUACACAGGAAGACAUCUUGAGUGACAAUUUCCCAUUGUGCUUCAAAACAGCAAAGACAUUGUCCUUUUGUUUCACGUCAUUUAGGACUUGAGGCUUCCUUCUGUCACCACCAUCGCCAUCCCUGAAGGCUAUGACUGGAGGGAGCUGCUGGCCUACAUCAUGAAACACCACCAGAUGGAGAUGACUGGAGGCCUGGGUCCUUCCAUUGGCAUGGUGAGCUGCUGCUGCUGCAAAGUGAAGAAUCAUGAUGGAAAGAAUGAAUGUUUUAAUGCAAAAAUAACCAAACUACUCCUAAUUUUAACACUCACCAAGCAGACACGAACAGCUACAGCAAGAUCCAUGUGAUGAGAUUAGUCUCUGAUUAAUGCUGCUGAGUCACUGCUGGCUCUGAUGUUCUGUACUUUUCACCUCUCUGUUCAUUAGGUGAUGAGGAUCGGAUUGAUGGGAUACAACUGUGAGACGGCUAAUGCUGACAUGGCACUGCACGCCCUGGCAGAUGCACUCAAGAACUGCAAAAAGAGCAAGGCUUAA